UUGCUUUGGGCUUCCCAUUCAACUUCGUCGCCUUGAGAUUAUUCUUCGGCUGCGAUCGUCCGUGGUCGCCAGGAGACGACGAAGCUCGAGGCAAGUCACCGAUCAAAGAAGUUCUCAUCAAUGCCGCUCGGUGGUUCCGGUGGAUCAGGCAUCGUUGUUCCUCGGAACUUCAGAUUGCUUGAAGAACUUGAACGAGGAGAAAAGGGCAUAGGAGAUGGAACUGUAAGCUAUGGCAUGGAUGAUGGAGAUGACAUUUACAUGCGCUCGUGGACUGGGACAAUAAUUGGUCCUCAUAAUACUGUCCAUGAGGGUCGCAUCUAUCAGCUCAAGUUGUUUUGCAACAAGGACUAUCCUGAUAAACCACCUAGUGUUCGAUUUCAUUCACGGGUUAACGUGACUUGUGUCAAUCCUGACACUGGAGUGGUGGAUCCGAGAAAAUUUUCAGUUCUAGGGAACUGGGAACGUGACUACACAAUGGAGUAUAUUUUAACACAGCUUAAGAAAGAAAUGGCGGCACCACAUAACCGUAAAUUAGUGCAGCCUCCAGAGGGCACACACUUCUAAGACAAUGGGUCUCACCAUUGCAAAUUCAGAUGAAGGGGAUGACUUUCAUGUAUUAUUUUAUCAUCAAAUGGUAGUUUGUUUACCUCAUGCUUGGGAUUGUAGUUUGGGUGGUUAUAUGUAUCGGUGUAGACGCCACUGCACCAUUGGUAAAAUGUGACUUAGAUUGAUUGCUCAAAUGUCUUAUGUAUUGCCUUGUUAUAAUCUUUUUCUUGGUUUUUA